UGUGGCAGGAAAUAAGCGAGGGACGCUGCGAGCCACAAGUCGCCACAUCUUCCACACAAGUUGAGCAAGAAGUUUCUUUUUGCAGAGACAUCCGAUCUCUUGACAGACACUCUCGGUGUGUGUGUGUGCCUCCAUCACACCAUCGCUUGUUUUGGCUCCUCUACCUUUUUUUUUUUUGAAGAGAAGAAGUGUAAGUAAGCCGUGAGAUGACCCUGUCUGGAGGCAGCGAAAGAGCCAGCGACAUGUCCGGCCAAACAGUACUCACAGCCGAAGACGUGGACAUCGACGUGGUGGGCGAGGGGGACGAUGAGUGCAUGGAGCGGGACAGCGACUGCGACAGCCCCGGAGUGGACAUCCUGCACGACGAAGAUGAGAUUGAGGUGGACAAAGAGGAGAUGAGGUCCGGCGGUGGUAGCCCGUGCUGCGAGAGCUCCGGGGAAGGUAAGGGAGAGGGUCACGACCAGGCCGCCGCGUCUGGAGGUUCACUCCAAAAGCCUAAAAAUAGUCUGGUGAAGCCGCCGUACUCCUACAUCGCCCUCAUCACCAUGGCCAUCCUCCAAAGCCCCCAGAAGAAGCUCACGCUCAGCGGCAUCUGUGAGUUCAUCAGCAACCGCUUCCCGUACUACCGGGAGAAGUUCCCAGCGUGGCAGAACUCCAUCCGCCACAACUUGUCUCUCAACGACUGCUUCGUCAAGAUACCCCGGGAACCCGGGAACCCCGGAAAGGGUAACUACUGGACCCUGGACCCGGCUUCAGAGGACAUGUUCGACAAUGGCAGCUUUCUCAGGAGGAGGAAAAGGUUCAAGAGGGUUCAGCCGGACGUGCUGAGGGACCAGACUGCCCUCAUGAUGCAAAGUUUCGGGGCGUACAGUCUCAGUGGUCCCUACGGGAGACACUACGGCAUCCACCCGGCUGCAUAUUCCCACCCGGCGGCAUUGCAAUACCCGUACAUCCCCCCUGUUGGACCCAUGCUGCCCCCGGGUGUCCCUCUCCUGCCCUCGGCGGAGCUGAACCGCAAAGCGUUCAACUCUCAGCUCAGCCCGGGUCUGCAGCUUCAGCUCAACAGCCUGAGCACGGCGUCCAUGAUCAAGUCCGAACCGUCCAACAGGCCCUCCUUCAGCAUAGAGAACAUUAUCGGGGUCUCCAGCGCAUCGUCUUCCACGCCAGGCGCAGCUCAGGCCUUCCUGCGGCCUCCAGUGACCGUUCAGUCGGCCCUGCUGAGCGCCCAGUCCCUCUCUCUGACCCGGACCUCCGCCGCCAUCGCCCCGAUCCUCAGUGUACCUUCCAGUAUUCUUUCUGGACAUGUUUUACCCUCAGCCACGGCGGGAACAGUCUCCAAAUGGCCCUCACAGUGACUUACCGUGAAGUGAAAAACUAUUUUUAUAUUGACACACUAUUACAGGGGACGUGUGAAUCUCACAGCCCAAUAGGCAGCACUGGACUUUAUGUAACUAUGUAAAGAAUCUGAGAAAAAUGAAAAAGGAAAUAUUUCUGUACAGGUAAUAUUUGUAAAUAUUUGUUUUUUUAAACCGAUUAUUUUACUUGUUCUGUCUUUUUCCGUUAUGUCAUUAGUUUACAUUUUUUUGUACUGGAAGCAAGGAUGUGGAUAUUUUUUUGCUUCCCUUUCGUACGAGACACAAAAAGCUCUGAAAUAAUCUGUUUAUUAUAAAAUAAAAUAUCAAGUAUAUGUAUACGUAGCUAUA